AUAAUUUUUCAUUCAAUCAAUUUGACAUUUUCAGACAAAAUAAAAAGUAAACGAAGUUGAAAAAUAGAAGGCGAAAACACAGUAUAUACUGUGAGAAAGUUUUUAAAAGUGGCCUUAUCAAUGCUCUUCUAUCAAAGACUGAAGCGAUUUGUGAGUGGAACAGUUUCCAAAAGUCAUUUUCGCUCCUUCAACCAUUCCUUAAGAAUGUCCUCCAACCAAGCGUCCAAGGUUAUUGCUAUCGGGCAGAUGUGUGCCACAAACAACAAGGCUCACAAUAUGCAGCAAGUAGAGGAGUUAUUUCGCAAGGCAAAAACACAAAGUGCGAAAUUCUUAUUCCUUCCAGAGUGCUGUGAUUUCGUCGGUGAACACCGAAAACAAACAUUGGAACUGGCAGAACCUUUGGAAGGUGCAACUAUGACACAGUAUAAGGAAUUGGCUAAAACACAUCAAAUGUGGGUAUCACUAGGUGGUAUACAUGAGUCUAUACUCGAUGCCAACAAUGAUAAAACCGAUAAAAUAUAUAAUACACAUGUACUGGUUAAUGAUCUCGGUGAAGUGGUGAGCAUAUAUCGAAAGUUGCAUCUUUUUGAUGUUGAAACAGAGGAAAUGCGUUUUCGUGAAUCAGAUGUAGUGACACCAGGUCCACAUCUGGUGGCUCCAGUCAACACCCCUAUAGGAUUAUUGGGCAUGCAAAUAUGCUAUGAUCUACGAUUUGGUGAAGCUAGUUCUCUUUUACGCAAACUAGGAGCCCAAAUACUCACAUAUCCGUCGGCAUUCGCUUAUUCGACGGGAAAAGCACAUUGGGAGGUACUAUUACGAGCGCGUGCCAUUGAAAAUCAGUCAUAUGUUAUUGCUGCAGCUCAAAAGGGUGCACACAACUCCAAGCGCACCAGUUGGGGCCAUGCUCUAGUAGUUGACCCGUGGGGAAAAGUGCUGGCGAAUUGCGAGGAACAAGAUUUGGCGAUCGCAACAGCAGAAAUUGAUUUAAACAAAAAUGUUUCUGUUCAAAAAAACAUGCCAGUCUUUCAACAUAAACGUAAUGAUGUCUACUCACUGACUAGCUUUGGUAUGGGAACAGUAGAUAUUACUCAAGAUCAUCAGUUUGCUAAAAAUAUUAUCAAGAAAGAAACUAUAUUUUACGAAACCGAGCAUUGUUUUGCAUUUACAAAUCUGCGUUGCGUAGUGGAGGGACAUGUAUUGGUGUCAACAAAACGAGUGACUCAGCGUCUGGAUAAUUUGUUAUGUCACGAAAUUUGUGAUCUUUUCUCAACAGUUUGUAAGGUGCAAAGAAUGCUUGAGAAAUUCUAUCAAACAACUUCUGCAACAGUCACCGUACAGGAUGGACCCGAUGCCGGUCAGACGGUACCACAUGUACAUUUCCACAUUCUACCUCGACGUCCACGGGACUUUAGCGAAAAUGAUCAUAUAUAUACUCGUAUGGACGAUCGAUGUUUGGAUCAACCUGAUCGCUCACUUGAGGAUCGUAUAAUGGAGGCUCAAAAGUAUCGUGAUUUCAUGAAAGGACAAUAAAUUUGUAUUUUGCUGUGUAGUGCUAAAAUUUAACUUAUAUAAUAUACGUGGGUAAAGGGAUGAACUAAGAAAUGUUUUGCUUGUGAAAAUUGUUAUACAUAUUGUAUUUAUAUAUACCUAAUAAUAUGCAAAAUCAAACUAUUAAAAUUAAAUAAAAAUACAUUUUGUUUAAACGAUAUAAAGAUUAUUUGAUACAAGA